GUUAGGUACAAUAAUAAUUGUAAAGUCGGUGAAUCUGUUUAUUAGUAGAGGAGUCUGUCUAUCAAAUGGUCUAUCAACUGUAAUAUUAGUGACCCGAGAGCUUACACCACAAAUUGCCUAUUAUCUGCUCAUUGUCCAAAGUAAUCCAUCAAAGUCAAUUUUGCCACGAACUUCUCAAGGUAAAGUUGUUGUGUAACAUCAAAAUAAUUUGCAAACGAAUUUGAAACUUAUGGCGCUGAAGUAGGAACAUAAAGUAAAGUAAGGCAAAUUUACAAAGCAAAAAAGCUGUGAAGAAGCCUGCACUUGUUUAUUACCAUGCACAAAGUGCUCACGUUUUUAUGUGUAAAAUAAUUUUUUUUUCAUAAAAAUGAGGUUCGCAAAGUUACAAUUAAUUUUUAUAGUAAUAGUAGUAGUGAGUAACGUGAAAAGUGAAUGUAAUACGUAUUUAAAAUGCCUUGGCUCAUUUUUCGACAGCUUUUUUGGAAAUUACAAGAAUUAUAAAACUGAUAUUAAAGUUGGUAAUAUAACGGUCCCAGGUUUUGAUACUGUGAAUAUUGACAGUGAAAAUAUAACUAAUAUUUUGUCACGUGUAUCGGAUUAUAUCCGAGAAGAAUUGGAUGGUAAUGUAAAUUUUGGACCACAAUUGAAUAUUUUUCAAAAUAUUGGUAAUAGAACUGCAAUUUAUGUUAAGUCUAUAACAAUAAAUAAUAAUUUUGGAGAUCAUGAUCAUAACAAAUCUUCAAAAUAUAUAGCUCCUAAGAAAUCAAUUGAUUCAUUUGUCAAAUAUGCAAACUCGAGCAAUAGUUUAAACGACAUUGAAUCAGUGCCGAUCAAAAGCACUUCGGCACCUAAAGACAUAUUCAUGCAUAAAAAUAUAGAAAAGAAUGAAAUAAUAGAUGACGAUGACCCUCUUGGAUUGUAUUAUGAUAUGGAUGAAGAUGAUAAUGGCACCGAUUAUCUUAAAAUUGAUUACUUAGAAAUGUAUAAAGAUACCACAAACGAAUAUACUGAUGCCAAACCAACAGAAUCAACCAUUUAUAUUAAUAAGGUUAAUGAUAAUGACAAAGAAAUCAAGAGUAUGCAACCAAAUGCAAUUAUGUUUGAGAAUAUUAUAAACAAUGGCAGUAUUUCCGUAGCUGAUAAAUGCAGCAACAGCACAAAAAACGUCACAGAAGCAAUAUUCCCGUGGAUUGCUGCCUUAUUCAUCAAGAACGAUACCAGCGACCAGUUCGACUAUUACUGUGACGGGGCCUUGUUGUCAGAAAGUAUUGUUAUCACUGCUGCCCGUUGCAUGGAGUACUACGGGAAGAAAGUGGAUGCCAACAACUUGUUGGUUUUAUUGGGAAAAAGUUCUCUUCAAUCAAUGAGUGGAACGGAGAGAGCGGUUAAGGUCAAAUCCAUAAUAAUACACGAGAACUUCACAAAGGAAGCUACAUCAGAAAAUGAUAUUGCAAUCCUCCUAAUGGAGGGAGUCCCGUUAAACGAACACAUACAAACCGCUUGCCUUGCGGGCGAGAAGGGGUUGGAAGCUGUAACAACCGGUUGGGCGAUUUCAGGUGAACUAACAAUAAUCCCCUUUGACGCCGACCAGAGUCCAAAUUGCAGGGUUUCAAUGGAAAAUAAAAAAAUUUGCGCUGCGUAUGGAAACGACGUCACCGUAUGCCCAAGCUACGGGGGUGUAUAUGCAGUGAAACAAAGAAACGGCUGGUAUCUCCAAGGAAUUCGAAGCGGAGAUCCGAGCGACCGUGGCCUGUGCUUCGACAGAAGUGUUUAUUUCACCGAUCUUAGUUACUAUAUUGACUGGAUAGAUGAUAAUAUUUCAAAUUAAAUUUUUUUCG